GUGCUGGCGCGGGAGUCGGACACUACGACCACCCUGUGCCAGACCCUUCACCCGAGGUACGAGGUGCCGCCCCGCUCCCAGCCCGCAGGUCAGGGUCUCCGGUCCCGGUCCCGCUGCCGGGCGCGACCCCGACCUCUGGCGCGCUCUGCCCUGGCCUGGGCUUUUCUAGAGCUCCUGCCUUAACAGUCGUUUCCUAAGUGCUUCCUUGCGGGGCUGCUGCGGUUGUCAGGAGAAAAGAACAUUCACUGAUUCUUUCGGAUGAGGAAUUUUGUUGCUACUGACUUAUCAAGAUGAUUGCAACACCUUUGAAAUAUCCAAGAAUUCACCUAUCUUCAGAGAUGUCUUCUCAAACAAGAAAUAUGCCCAUGGAUGCGAUCUUUUUUGAUAACAUUCCUGCAGGCACACUUACUCCUGUGAAAGAUUUGGUGAAAUAUAAGAAGUCCUCUUUAAAACUGAAUGACCAUAAAAAGAAUCAGUUUCUAGAAAUGACAACUUCUAACAAUAAAAAUGUAUUUCAAUCUACCAUGCUAACAGAGCCUGCCACCUCUAAUAGUUAUCUUGAUAUCAGUGCUAUAAAGCCCAAUAGCAAUGGAUUAAAAAAUAAAGCAGCCUAUGAAUCACCAGGAAAAGUAUUUCAGAGAAUGAAAGAAAAAGUACUGCGUGACAAACAAGAACAAGCAUCAGGAAACAGUAGUAUGCUGGAACCACCGAACAGUGAAAAUAAUAAACUCUUUACUCCUAACAAAGAUGGGAAAAGACCAUUGCAGCAUAUCUACCUGUGUGAAGAAAAGGAGAAUAACGGUUCAUUUCAAUCAGCUUCUGUCCAAGAAGUUACUCUAGAAUCAUCACAUUUCCUUCCCUUCAAUCAAAAGACUCAACACCACCAAGAAAAGAAAACACAACUGCACAAUUCAACUUAUGAACUUCCAAUUCUGAACCAAGAACACAAAAAUGUUUCAGCAGUAGGAGUCUCAAACAAAGGAUUAGCUAGAGCUCAGUUGACUAAACAGAUUCUUCACUCAAAAGAAAACAUAGUUGAAAUCACUAAGUCCAAAAAGGACACGUUUGUUUUAGAAAGCAUUCAUUCUGCCAAUGAAAAAUUCCAAAAUUCUGAUGUUGAAACUUCUAGUACUAAUUGUAUUCCUAUUAAAAGCGGUAGUCAAGGAAUAGUUUCUGAUAGUGAUAUGACAACAGAAGGGAUUUCACAAGGGGCAAGUACAGAACAAAAUGAAAAAACAGUGUCCACAGAGACUAGUCUUCUCAAUUCCAUGGAAGAUACAUGUAAAAUUGUACUUGCAAGUCCAAGACUUCAUUUUACAAUACCUCGGAGGUCAAAAAGAAAUAUUUCAAAGCUUUCUCCUCCAACUUUAUUUCAAACCAUUACAAACGAAGUUAAAAAAAAUAAGGUAAUCCAGCUACAGGAAUGGGUGAUUAAGAUCAUCAAUAAUAACACUGCUGUAUGUGUAGAAGGAAAACUGACAGACAUGACACACUUAUAUUGGCACAGUAAUGUAAUUGUAGAGCGCAUUAAGCACAAUGAACUUAGGACUUUAUCAGGCAACAUUUAUAUAUUAAAAGGAUUGAUAGACCAAAUUUCCAUGAAAGAAGAAGGAUAUCCAUAUUAUCUCACAAGAAAAUUCAUGUUUGGAUUUCCAAAAAAUUGGAAAGAGUACAUUGCUAAUUUUCUAGAACAAUUAAGGGCUGAUGAAAGGAAAAUGAAAAAGGCCAGACAAAAACAGAAAACUGUAAGAUCUGUCCCUGGCCUACCAAAAUCAGUGAAAAAUGAUGCAGAAAACCUAACAGAUGACGUCCAAAAGACCAGCACCACCUAUGACCAUGACUGUGAUAACUUUGAACUGAAAAAUAAUAAGCAAAGAGGGUUGCCAGGAACUACAAAAGUAAACAUUGGCAAUAGUAAUUAUCAAAGUAAACCACCAAUAAUGCUCCCACAUGACCAAGUAAAUAAAGCUAUUGACAGUGUAGGAGGUGAUAACUUACAGGUAAGGAAUCAGGAAUUAAUUGUCAAAAGAGAGUAUAAACAAUUGUCUUCAAAGAAACUCAAAAAUUGUGAAGGAAUAAAUAAAAGAAUAACUAAAAGUCAAAAACAAGUUAGAGAGAGAAGUGAAGAAUCAGAUGUAUCUACUGAUAUUUUGACUUCACGGGAACAGUUUUUUUCAGCUGAAGAGAGAAAAUACAUGACUGUCAAUCAGAAAGAAGCUUGUAUUUUAGUAACACCACUUAAAACUAAGAAGGUGAUAGAGCAAAAAUGCAAGAAGUAUAAUCUGUUCUAUGACACCAGGAAAGCAACGACAGAGUUUUUAGUGCCAAAGCCUCAAAAAAAAAGUGAACCAGACUUAAAUGAAAGUUCCAUCAAUAAGUCCACAGAGACUUUAGGAAAUACAUCUGAGUACAGUGUGGAUCAUAAAAGUAAAAACAAGGAAUAUUGCAAUGAAUGUGAUUUACUCACUGUCAACCAGAAAAUAAAAACACCUAGCCCUAAAAAUGAACACAUGGGCAUUCGAGACUUUAAGAAAAAUAUCAGGUUGCCAUCAAAAUUGAAGAAAAUUGAAAAUGAAGUAGCUGUGUCAUUUUAUAAUUGUCAGUCCUCAUCAGAUUUGUCAAGUGAAGAGAGUGAAACUGAAAAGGAAAUUAGAAGGAAAGCUGGAGUUAAGAAAAACAGGGCAAGAAAUAGCAAAGAAACAGUUGCUCACCUGAGCAAAAGCAAAAAAAACACCGCAAGGCAUAUCAUAGUGACUUCAGAAUCUGAAACUGAGGAAAGUAACAUGGAGUAUCAUGUCAAACACAAGAAACCUAGGUCUUCUGCUAAAGAAACUCUUCUGAAAUGUGGUGUUAGAAAUGAGUUUUCAGUUGAGGCAAUGGAACCUGACAAAACUAACAAGCCUUCCUUAAAAUGUUUACCUGGCAUAAAUCAGGAUGAAGAGUGGAAUGAGAAAGAAUUACAGAAACUUCAUUGUGCUUUUGCAUCUCUUCCAAAGCACAAACCUGGCUUCUGGUCAGAUGUUGCUCUGGUGGUAGGUUCUCGAACUGCUAAAGAAUGCCAGAAGAAAUACAUGGAAGAUCCUCGACGAAAACAAUCUCAGAAAAAUACCGCCAAGAGAAAGCAAGCCAAUCCCAAAGGUGACACAGACAGUGCUAAUAAGACGAAGACUGUUCAGAUAACUGCCAAAGUGGGAACACUUAAAAGGAAGCAACAAAUGAGGGAUUUUCUGGAACAGAUGCCAAAAGAUGACCAUGAUGAUUUUUUCAGUACAACACCUUUGCGUAAUCAAAGAGUACUGUUGCCAAGUUUCUGGGACAGUCAAGAUGGUGAUGACAUUCUGCCAGCUAUGGACAGAAAUCCAGCAACUCCAUCAGUUACCUUUCCAUUGGCAAAAACUCCUCAAUGUCAGCACGUCAGCCCUGGCAUGCUAGCCUCUAUAAAAAGGAAUGAUUGUGAUAAAUAUGUUUCUCGUAUACAAAAAAAUCAUAGGAGUAAUGGUGGCAUUGCCUGGGGCAACAUUAAGAAAAAAAAAGUUGAAACUGUUUCCUCAAGCCCAACAAGAAAAACGCUGUUUAACAGAGAUUUAGGAGAAAACUCUGGUAUUGGAAAACUUUUCACUAAUGCUAUGGAAUCUUUAGAUGAAGAAGAGAAAGAUUAUUAUUUUUCAAACUCUGAUUCUGUGUAGAAAAAUGUGAUUUCCAGGACUUACGAAAAAGCAGAUGGUGUAUUUUUAUCUACAUUUAGAGAGUAUUUAUGUAUUUUCUUUAUGAUGUAGGUUCAUAUGAAAAUGUGGAUUCUUUUUUCAAAGGUUUCAUGUUUGCAAUGCAAAGUAAAAUAUCCCAAAAUAUUCCCCAUUGUUGCAUCUUACCAAAAAUGUAAGGAAAAUUGUUUCAUGCAGACAUUUGUAAAUAUGGUUUGUAAUAUUAAAAUAUAUAGUUAACUCUUACAAGUAUCCAAAUCUGUUUGCUUUAAUAAAACAUGUCCCAAAUAUAUAUUUUUAAAGUUUUCCCAAAAAAUGUUGCUUCCCAAAGUGAGGAGCACAAGGGAGAUGGAAGAGUGGUGGCUACUAAAUUCAUGGAAAUGUUUAGCUUUGUCACCACCAUGUAUUAAAGCCAUAGUUGAUCUGAUGUUUAUUUAAAUCAUAUAUUGUUGAAACUAUGUGACAUGCUUCUCUCCUGAUUGUUUUUCUUGAAACUUGUGAUUGGCCUAUCAAAACUAUAAAUUUAAUUUGUUGCUUCAGUAUUUUAUUAGAUAGAACUAGAGAUCAGAUUUCUGUUGCAUUCUGCAGCCUUUUACAUAUACAAAUAAAGUUUAAAUUUGGUCUCAAUAUUAAAAUGACUAGGCUGGGCAUGGUGACACAUAUCUGUAAUCACAAGUUUGAGCCCAGCCUGAGCUAUAUAGUGAGUUCAAGGCCAAUCUGAGCUACCAGAGCGAGACCCUGUCUUGAAACACUAAAAAAAUAAAAAUAUUAGACAUUCAGUUAAUCGAUCCACUAUUAUAAGGAAACAAGUUAAUGUUAUAGUAAAUACCCUGUCUUUCACUAACAGCUCCUUUAGAAAUAAACUUUUAACUGAUUUUACCAAUUGUUUUUAAAAUUUGACAUAAAAUAUUUUCCCCCUGGUCAUAGUACAUAUUCAUCUAUCCUUUCUAGGUAGAUUGUUCAAAUAAAGUUAGUUUGAUUUUA